AUGGCGGACGAGGUACUCGGGUACAAGAUGGCGGAUGGCAUGUCCGCCGCGAUCAAGUCUUUCCAGCUUCGAGGCUCGUCGGGCGACGCGAUGGUCAUCCGCAUCGUCCACUCUUCGGACGAGCUCCAGAUCGAAGAGAGCUGCAAGGGCCUCUCCUCGAUCGAGGAUCUCGCAGAGAAGAUCGAGGAUGCGAUCGAGCCGCGCUACCUGCUAUUCAUUCACAAGCAGAGCCACACGGAUGGGCGGGUCUCGUACCCGAUCGCUUUCGUUGUCUUUAUGCCGCCGAACGUGCCAGCGUCGCUCAAGAUGAUGUACACGCGACUGGUCCCUGCCCUCGUCGAGAAGUUUCGCGUGGCGAAGCAGUUCUCACUCUCGGACCCCGAGGACCUCACGACCGAGUGGCUGGAGGAGAAGCUCGCCGGCAGAAGCACAACUUCGGGUCCGAAAAUCGCACGUGAGCCGCCUUCCUCGGCUGCGUCUGCGGGAUUUGGCGUGCCCCGCUUCCAGAUCACUACAUUCGACACCAACCUGGUGCUGUACUACCACGCCUUUCGGCAGCUCAUGACGCUCGGGUUCGUCGUCACGCUCACGCGCGCGUCCGCCGCGCCGGUGGCGAGCCGCGCGUGGCCGCUCGUGCUCUUCGGCCUGAUCCUGCUCUGCCCGUCGACCAGCUUCACGCUCGCCGGGAUGAUCACCUACCCGUGGUUCCCAAAGACUGCCGACCGGCUCCUCUGGCUCGGAGGAUCCUUCGUGGUCCCGCUCGCGCUCGACCGCAUCGGCCGCACUUUUGCCGCGGCGGGCGCCGAUCUGCCCCUCCCCGCCUCGGUCGGCGUUGGGACGCUCCUCCUUUACUUUGUGCACCCCCUCUUCAUCGCCGUCUUUGCCCGUUUCCCUGUCUUCCGCUCUGAGCCGUUCCUGCUCACCACGACUGCGCUCGUGUUCUGCUGCCUCGCUGCGACGUCGCUCUAA